GUUAUAUUCUGGCUGCAAACCGUGCACUUUACAGAACGCUUCCGAAUUCACGAUGUCCAGGAGGCUGGGUGUUAUCUUGAUAAUUUGCGUAGCCUAUUCAAAUGCAGAGUUCACAUUAAGUCAAGAGGGAUCUCUGUCCGUUCAGCCGAGAGGAACUGCGAAGAUCGGUUGUAGAGUGUCAGGGGCCACCUUGGGAAAUUCUGAUAUAGCAUGGUUUCAGCAGAAACCUGAUGGUACUCCCCGAUUUCUCCUCUAUCAUGAUCUUAACCGGGACGUAAAGGGUACUGGCAUUCCCGAUAGAUUCUCUGGAAGGUCUCAGUCUUCGAGCAACGCCGCAUUUUUAACUAUUACCAAUGUUCAAUCGGAGGAUGACGCCGAUUACUACUGUGGUUGGUGGCAGUCAAACGCGUUGCACUUCGGCGGAGGCACCAAGCUGGCUGUAACAGGUGGAAAAUUGACCCGUCCUUCGAUUGCUCUUCUUCCACCCGCAUCAAAACAGAUCACUGAAGGACGGAUGGCGACUCUGGUGUGUCUGGUGAAUAAUUUUUCCCCUAGAUUGGUGGAGGUUUCCUGGGAAAUGGACGGCAAUGCCGUGAAGGCUGGUGUCCAGACGACCCGAACCGUCCGGAAUAGCGACCAGACCUACAGCCUGAGCAGUUACCUCACCCUGACGGCCUCCGAGUGGAACUCACACGAAGUGUACACUUGCGGGGUUACACACCAGUCUCUCGGGUCUCCACUAAAGCGAAGCAUCCAGAAGUCGGGCUGUGCGUAAGAGAGAGCCGGCAGGCUGGGUGCGCGAUGUUACUUAUGGUCGGGGACAGCAACGUUUCACGAUUGCUUCAUUUCUACUGGCGAGCAGCUUUCGAAAAGUAGAACUUCAACAAUAUUUACUUUAUAAGAAAAUAAUCACUUUGUAAUUGAGUGCUAGUAUCAUUUGUUUAAAUAAAAUAAAAUAUUAUU